AUGUAUGAUGAUGAUGAUGAUGAUAAUGGUGAUAAUGAUUAUGAUGAUUAUACUAAUGAGGAUGAUGAUGAUGAUGACAAUGGCAAUGAGAGUGAUUAUGAUGAUGAUAAUUACAAUGAUGAUGAUGAUAAGGGUGAAAGUGAUAUGAAUGAUGAUGACAAUGCUAAUGAGAAUGAUGAUGAUAAGGGUGAAAGUGUUGUGGGUGAUGAUGAUAAUGAUGCUGAUAUUAAUAAUAAUAAUAAUGAUGGUGGCGAUACUGCUGAAGAUAAUAUCUGA